GCACUUUGGUGGCAAAACUAGCAUUUAGAGCCAGUAAACGGCGUUGUCAUGACUAGGUGUUAGUUAAUUAAUUAAUCCAAAUUCCACAAACGUAGAAAUUAGAGUGGUGGAUUCCGGAGAAGACUUAAUCAACAGGUAACAGUUAUGGAAGGUGAGAGCGAACCACAACUAGGGGAGGAGCAGUGCUACCAGCCAUCAGAUGGACAAGUCACCAUGGACGAUGGAGAGGAGGGUGGAUAUCUGGAAGAGCAAUACACUGAGCAUGACUCAGAGGCUCCCCCUGUGGAUGAGCACCAGUAUUACGCCGCAGACCCCUCAGACUGGCAGCCAGACGCCCAGGAGAUACAGGCUAUGGAGGAGAGGCUCAGACCCAUCCAGUCCCAACUAGAAUACCUACUGGACAAGGCAGACGAAUAUCAAGCACACCUCAUACACAGGAGAGAUCGUGUGGAGGGUUUGAGUCGUGUUGUGCCAACCUUCCUGAAGACGUGCCAGCCUCUAUUCACCUAUAUGGAGCACACCGCACGCAGCUGUCUACCGCACCGACCACCACUACCCAUCUAUAUACGCACACGAUUGCUUCAGUUCUCUCAGCAGUUGUGUAGCCGGUUGGAGGAGCUGAUUCUGACCUACGCCGCAUACAACUUCCUCACCCUGGAGGAGACCAACCCACUCAGUAUUUCUCACUUCUUCAUCGGUGAGUGUCAGGUGAACCAUAUCCACCUCUCCAUGUUCCGCUACUGUCAGCCGGCCCCCUUCAUGCCAGCCCACCAAUCACCAUCAUACUCAUACGCUCAUGGCCAAUCAGCAUCGUCCUCAUACCAUCAUGGACAUGCCCUCUCCAACAGCCUCUUCAAGGUCAUGCGGUGGAACGUGGUGAGGCUGCCGGAGCGAGGGAUGGAACGAGACGGAGGAGAGCAGGAUGAGAUAAAGAACAGAGACGUAGCAGGAUGGAGGAAUAGCAGCGAAUACUACUUCCUGUGCUAUGAGGAGGUGUUGCGAGAGGGGGAUGAGGGAGGAGAGGAGGAGGAGGAAGAGGAAGGAGAGGAGAGGAAGAGGAGGAGGAGAGAGAGUGAAGGUGUGGGUCCGUCCAUCAUCAGAAUGUGGUCUAUUGGCCAGUGGAUACAGACACACCCCAACCCACACACACAGGACAUAUACGAGUGGAUCCUGUGUGGUUCUCCUAAGGGCCACUAUCAUGAGCUGUUCUACUUGGGUGCCUCUGAACCCUCCACCUGCAGCGCUACUGACUGCCUGCUGGGGGCACUGCUGUCCUACGAAAGCCAAUGACAAUACAGCAACAGGGCCAUCAACCAAUCAAAAUACAGCUGUUGUACAAAAGCCAAUGACAACACAACAACAGAGCUCCAUCGAUCCAAUCAGUAAACAGCUCCUAGGCGUCAUCGGCGAAUGAGAAUGUAGCUCCCAGGCUUCAUCAACAACAUAGUGGGCUCGGUCGUGACAACGCAGUAAGAUUUUUGCUAGGCAGUGGGCAUGCACACUUUGCCAGUUUGAUGCAUUCUGGUUAG